AUUGAACAAGUGUGGGAUUAUAAUGGAAGUCAGUUUAGGUUACUUUUCAUAAGCACAAUUUAACAACAAGUACAAUGGGAAAUAGAUUUCUCCUCUGCAUACCUAAGUACACAGUUUUCAGUGGAAAUAAAGUACAUUAACAUAAGAUAGAGCUUUUAUAAAUAGUGCGCCAUGCAAGAGCGUCAUAAAACAAUAAACCUGUAAUUUGUUUUGUGCACAAUAUAUACCUAUGAAUGUUAUCUAAACACCUAAAAAUUAUAUGUAGGGGUGCGUACGAAAUAUUUUUUAGAUACACUUUAAAUAUUUAUUUCCACUUCUACAUAAUAAAAAAGUCAGUAAAAAACGGCAUAGCUUUACCGCAUACAUACAGACUUUUCGGCGCAUCCGUUUAAGUUUGGCAACUGUGAUAUAAAUACACACGCACUAACAUAUACAUAGGUAUGUAUGUACAUUUAUCGUAAAAUGUUGACAUAGGCAAGGCUGCAGAGGCCACCGCAAGACAGCUGAUACAAAUCAAGCACAUUGACCUUAGUUACAGUUAGCUACUUUCUUAACAUUAUUUUUGCGACAUUUGUAAAUAAAACAUUACGAACUUUAACUUUGUACACGAAGCUUUUGUAUUUGGAAUUGUGAAACGCUUUCUUAAAAUUAAUGUAUUUGUCACUAUGACCUUUAAAGUGUUGUUUGAAGUGGUGAGGAAAGUAGUUCCCAGAAUACAAAUUAGAUUUGAUUAAGCAGAAUUAAUAUUGACUCACCGUCAAACCUAAUUUGGUGUGGAUAAUGGAAUGUAGCGAAAAACAGGCGCUCCUUUGGUGUUAUUGUUUUCGUUGGCUGUUUAAGUUAUAUUUGCAGUGAAUAACUAAAGCCGUCAAUUAAAAUUUCGACAAGUCGGAGAACGAAAACCAUUCGAAAAUCAGCGUUCAAAGUCAAGUUUAUUAUUCGAGGGAUUUAUUGUUGGCACGGACUCAAACGAUAAUUACAAGACAGAAUCUCCAUCGCAGCGGGGUAUAUCAUUUCAUCUACAUAAAUUAUACUCGACAGUAUUAACAAAUCUAAACUGCCGCAUCAAUUCACAUUCGAAAGCGCUAGAACUAAUAAAGUCGCAAAGUUUAUUAAAAAUGUCCACAUUAAACGGAGUACCUUUAACUAUUUUACAUUACAACGAUGUCUAUAAUAUAGAACCAAACUGCGGAAAGGAGCCCGUAGGAGGCGCAGCACGCUUUUGCACUGCACUAAAGUCGUUUGCUCAUCUCAAUCCAUUGAUACUUUUCAGUGGUGAUAUUUUCUCUCCUAGCAUGUUAAGCACUUUCACUCAGGGCGAGCAAAUGCUUCCAGUAUUAAGAAGAACGGGCACCCAUUGUGCUGUGUUCGGAAAUCACGAUUUUGAUCACGGCUUGGACGUACUGGUGAACUUGAUAAAAAAUACCGAUUUUCCCUGGCUCAUGUCCAAUGUGGUUGACAAAGAAACCGGUAGACCUCUGGGAGGUGGAAAAAUCACGCAUACCUUGUUACAUAAUGAAAUGAAAAUCGGUCUAGUUGGACUUGUCGAACGAGAAUGGCUGGAAACCUUACCCACCAUAGAUCCAAAUGAAGUUACCUAUAUCGACUAUGUUGAUGCUGGUACAAAAUUAGUAACUCAGUUGCGUAAAGAAGGUUGUGAUAUUAUAAUCGCUUUGACGCAUAUGAGAACGCCGAAUGAUGUUAAGUUGGCGGCCAAUUGUUCCGGUAUAGAUCUCAUUCUUGGUGGCCACGAUCAUGUUUAUGAGAUUAAGGAAGUUAAUGGAGUGAAGAUUGUUAAGUCUGGCACUGAUUUUCGACAAUUUUCGAAAAUCACUUUGGAUAAGGCACGUAAUGAGAAUGGCAAACUUCUGGUUGAAGUUGAACCAGUGAAUGUUACAUCAGAUUUUGCCGAAGAUAAAGAACUUAAGGAGGAACUGGAAAAAUACUCAGAGGUUGUUGAAGCUAAAAUGACUGAAGUGCUGGGCAACUUCAGUGUGGAAUUGGAAGGUCGCUUUUCCGUCAUUCGCACUCAGGAAACGAAUUUAGGCAAUUGGGUAUGCGAUGUUGUACUCGCUGCUACUGGCGCGGAUGUGGUCAUAAUUAACGCAGGCACGUUUCGCUCAGAUCAAAUACAUCCUCCGGGACCAUUUACCAUGCGUGAUUUAGUUAAUAUUAUACCGAUGCGUGAUCCUCUCAUACUUUUAAGUAUUACUGGUAAAUGUUUGUGGGAAGCUUUGGAGAAUGCCGUCUCAGCUUAUCCGAAAUUGGAAGGCCGAUUUCCGCAAGUAAGUGGCAUGACAUUCGCCUUUGAUCCCGCCAAACCACCAGGGCAACGUAUUGACCCACGGCUAAUACAAGUUGCCGACGAAUUAAUUAAUUUACAACAAAUGUACAAAAUAUGUAUUAAAAGCUAUAUACAUAACGGUUGUGAUGGCUUCACAAUGUUUAAAAAUGCUCAAAUUUUGAUCGACGAAGACCUAUGCCCUGAACUGGGUCUGACCAUACAAAAUCAUUUCAAAGCAAUCAAUAUACGCAAUGAAAAAAGCGAUCAUCAUACCAAACAUCGACAAUCCUUAGUUACGCUCUCGCGGCGACACAGUAUGGUACAAAUGCUCGAGAAUUUACAUCUAGAUGGACCAUCGCCCAUAAGAAAGCUAUCUGUUGGCCAUCAGGCGAAAUCUAUAGAUCAUCAUACCAACAGUAAAGCUCCAAAGAUGUUACGACGCGCCUCUUUAGACGAUUUGGAGCAGGCCAGUUGCGAAUUGGCUCCGAUUGUGCAGCAACGUAUCAUUCAAAUUCAGGAUGAGGAACACUACAAACACUUACUGUUGAAAAGUGAAUAUUUUAUGAAGAAUUCUGUGAUUACCGAAACAGAAGAGGAGUAAAAAGACCGUUUCCACCACAGUCGGGUCUACGUAACCGGAACGGACCCGGAUUUAUUCCGGCCAAGGUCUGUCCACUCGGCAAAAUUCUGUCGCUACAACAACAACAACAACAGGAGUAAAAAGAAGGUAUUCUCUAAAAAAAAAAAUAUAUAUAUAUAUAUACAUAGUUCACUUCUCUGAGUACAAAUUACUGCGACUACAAUUGAGCUACUACUGUAAUAGACAAAUUACUAUGUUAUAGUCUAAAAGAAAGAAAAUAUAAGCUUAUUUCUAAACUAAAAAUACGCCUAAAUGCUA